UCCUGUUUCCCAUCGUUCACUCGCACACGUGAAGGUCAGCAAACGAGCUAGUGGACACCGACAAUUACGAAAAAUAUUGUCGUCACGACGCAAAAUAAAUAGUACUAAAAGCAUGGACGGCCAGGGAGCGACGAGCGACCCUCAGCUGCAGCAGUUCAUCGAGGUGGAGUCUCAGAAGCAGAGGUUCCAGCAGCUGGUGCACCAGAUGACGGAGACCUGCUGGGAAAAGUGUAUGGAUAAACCUGGACCGAAGCUGGACUCCAGGACUGAAAUGUGUUUCGUUAACUGCGUGGAGCGGUUUAUUGACACCAGCCAGUUCAUCCUUAACAGACUGGAACAAACUCAGAGGAGCAGGGGGACUUUCUCAGAGAGCAUAUCAGACUAAAAACUCAUUGAAAGAAUGAACGAGGCACGUGCACAGCAGCCCCUGCUCAGAGGGGCCAUUUGAUCCGGACACGGCUUUCUGGAAAGACUGGCCCAUCGACUGGGAAAGGGAACAUCGUUAAGUGUUACUUUUGAUUAAACAAAAAAAGUGCCUAAAGAUUAACACCAUGUUUGGACUCGUAACAGUCAAGAGUUUUGUUUUUCCUGUGAAGUACGAUUGUUGCAGAAAGCUUUGGGUAUGGUCUGUGUCAGGUCCUGAAUUCAAGUACGUUAACCGUCAAAACUACAAGGCUGAGUAUCCGCUGAUUGAAAGUCUCUUUUUGGCAUCUACAAGGACUCCACCACAUGCGGGUUUCACCUAAAAGACCCUCCUCCAGUGUCUUGACCGAAGAGAUAACUGAAGGUUCUCAACCGUACUUAUGCAACGAACAAAAUGCAAAAUAUUUAUGUCCAUUCUUCAGAAAACUGUUGAACUACUCACAAUUUUAAUUAUCCUCAUCAAAUAAAUAAAAAAAAGUAAAGUUACAAUAUCAGAUAUGUUCCUGUUUAGCACAUGUUGGGAAUUAAAUCACACAAGUAAA